AAUGAUUAAGUUAGUCAAUGCGCAGCGAACGGCCGAGCAUCAGAUCGCGUGACAAUAAAGAAGUUAACCGCAGUGCGCGUGCGAAACAAGGCAUUGUGAUUAUUUAGAACAUUCCGCGUGGGAGCAAAAAAAAGGAUUUCAAAGCGAAGGUGCUAGUUUUUUUUUUUUUUUUUUUGAAAAUAGUGAGCAUAAUAGUGAACGUGAGAAGGGGAAACAAUUUGAUCUACAUCUCAAGUGAAAUUUAAAAAUGGAAUCAGUGUAUAAGAUAAGCGCCUGCCGCGGAGCCAAAACCCCCCAGAACGCCUGUUUCGGCGUUUCCAGCCUCCGGCUGGCCCUGCCAGUGCUCUGUUUGCUAGCGAUAUUAGCGCAAACCUCCGCCAGACCUUCAGACGCUACCAAGGCGGCGGUUACGCCUGCGCCUGCGGAUGAACACAGCCGGCAAGCGCACGCUCUCCGCCAUAAUCUCAGCCGACGCUCGAUCGCGGCGGAGCAGGACGAGACUGAUUACUACGAUGAGGACUAUAAGCGCGUCAAACGUUGUUAUGAGGAUGAAGACGUUAAUGAACUGUGCCAGCGCUGCUCGAAGGUGACGAAAUCGGCGAUCGUUUUUCCCAUGUGCUGCAGUAACGAGGACCAAACGAUGGAUUGGUGCGAGGCAUACGUCUAUUAUGGCAUACAGAAUUGAUGAUUAUCUGGCCGACUUAAUCGGAAGUGCUUAUUCCACUCAAAAGUGAAACAUUAGUUAUCAGAAAAUAUUUAUUCGCCCAUAAUAGCCCCAUCAUCGUUCUUCGUAUUAAUUUAUUGCAUAAAUCAUUCAAUCACAUAAAAAUUAUAAGACUGCUGUGAUUUCCAAGUAGCUAUAAGUCAAAGCACGAUAACGGAAUAACGUUGAUCAUCGUGAACUACAUUAUUAGUUAUUAGGAUAUCAAAUUAAGGGGUGCCAAUAAGACUUAAUCUGUUAACUUUAAUAACUGCCACGGAGAGAACAUUAUAUUAAAUCACAGCCAACAGAUAAACAAGCUAGGGUAUGAAUAUUGACUCCAAAAUAUAGAACAUUUGCCAGAAUUGAAAGGUCAGACAUAUAUUGCAAUUUUAGCUUCUACGUGAAACGCAAUUUCGGUAUCAAAACACAUAUUAUAAUUGUAGACAUUCUCGUUAGGUCUACGUAAGGGAACUAUGAACUUGGACGUCUGUUUACUGUGAUAAAAAUAACUA